UCUCUGUCUCAUUCAAGCCGUUAUCCCUCUGCAGAUCUGCCAAAGACCAACUCAGAGUAUAGUGGGGAGGAGAGAGAUUGCUAGUAUUAGACUAACCAGGAAUACUGCUCUGGGGGAAGUCACAUUUCUUUUUCUUUCUUAUUUUUCCCCGUUUUCUUUUUUUGUUUUUUGUUCAAAUAGCAGAAUAUUGAAUUUUUUGUGUUAUUGUUCUGUUAUCUUAGCAUAUAGUUAUGAAGAAAUCAGUAUCUUGGAUGUUGGUUUGUGUUUUUUACUUAAUCUUCAGCGUGAAUUUCAUUUGAUGCAAAAAGACUGGCUUUAGAUCUGCAUUUCUACUAUGGGAGGAACAAAGAAAUAUACAUUUGCAUUGACACUCUAUUUUAUUGGCCUACUGAUUGGGUGCCUAUGCUUGUCUGACAUCCCAGCAUCCGCAAACAUAAAGAAGAAUCUCUUAAACUAUUACCACUCAGUUAUUUUGCCAGAAGGGAAAGAAACAACAAUCUACUUAUUAAAAGACAUUACAAAGAGGUAUUACUUUGCUUUGGAAGAAAACAGUACCCAUCACUUCUCUAUAACUGUUACUCCCUGCGAUGUACCUAUCGAGUGGAGUAUUUUACAGUACAAAAUGUCACAUGUUUUUCAUGGAACCAAGUCAGAUAAUUAUAGACCUUUGGGUGAUCUAAAAUCAAGACAAUUUUAUAAGACAGUGUCUGCACUUUUCCAUUAUAAAGGGAACUCUGUAGAAAACUAUGUGGGAGUAUCAUCAUAUUCUUCAUCCCUGUUCUUGUUGGAAUUUUUAUCUACUGAGAGAGAUACUCACAUUUCAGUAUACUUAACCACUGACCUAGCAUAUGGAACUCUAUUUCCUGAACUUCCUGGAGAUCCACGCAUUGAUGUCACUACGUUAAACCAUAAUUCUGUUAGCCUUGUCUGGAAGCCAAGCCCUACUGGCUUGAAAACGAGGGAAUACGUUGAAUACUGCCUUCUUGUAAACGAAAAACACAAUUAUAAAAGCUUGUGUGCUGCUGAUGCUGCUGUGCGAUCAAUAAGUGGGCAACGGACAAUGUUUUCAAAUGUUCCUGUGUCACAACAUAUAGAUGACCAUCAAGGUGUUAUGCAUUUAUCAAACAGGGAAUUUAGUAUCAUUCAAAGAACCAAUAAUAUGGAGGUUAGACAAAUAUGUAUUGGUAAUAAAAAUGUAUACACAGUGUCUAAUUUGACCUCUAAUACUCAAUAUUAUUUUGAUGUGUUUGUAGUCAAUCUCCUCACUAAUGGCAGUGUUGCAUACACAGGGACAUUUGCAAAGACAUUAAUGGAGCCCAAACCCAAGUACUCGCAACUAAAAGAUGGAAAAAUUGUCCAAAUUACCCUUAAUGGAAAACUUCAAAAAAGCAAUACGUUUCAAUAUCAAGCAACGCAUAAAAAAGUUCAGUUUACAUUCCAAUCAUGUAAAGGACAAGUAAGAGCCCAAAUAUUAAAAAAUGGAAAAAUUUUAUUUUCUGAAUCAAUAGAAGGCUUAAGACAUAUAACACUGACUGGUAAAAUACUGGAAAAAUAUGUUGUAGUAACAUCAACAGAGCAAAACACAAAUUCUUCUGUGAUGGUUCAAGCAUCUUCACAUAUCCACAAACCUCUGUUUCCCUUCUUCCCAGAUAGCUUAAAAAUACGGUCUUUUAACAAGCUGAGAACCUGCAACUCCAUCACAAUAGCUUGGCUUGGUACCCAGGAGAGAAAUUUAUAUUGUGUGUAUAAGAAAAAAAUUCAAGAGGACCAGGUUUGGAAAGAAAUGUCCAAUCAUGACAGAUGCUUAGGACCCGAUUCACGACCAAAAUCAGAAAAAGUUUCUUGUAAAUAUUUCUAUAACAUCAACCUUCAGAAAGCAGUGACCACUGAGAUCAUAACUGGACUAGAAAGGGGGUCUCUAUACCUUAUAGAUGUGUAUCUUGUGGGAUCCCCUGGCAUACUGGUGAGGUACCAUACCAAGGUGGUAAAAACAAGGAAACAUUGCUAAGGCUUCAGAAUUUUAAAUGUAAAAACAGCGAAAAAUGGGUAAACGUGUUGGCUUAUGUUAUAUUUAAUAUAAAAAAUACAAGAUCUCCAAUUGUAAAGAGUACAGAAAACACUUUUUUUUUUGUUUGUCUAAAAAUAACCAGAACAAGGCAGUAUUGUGCUUUUUUGUGCAUAUUUGCAAAUGUAUAGCCUAACACCAUUUAUUUUGUAUAAAGGUUUAAACAGUGCAACAGUACAAAAGUUCUAAAGUAUAAGAGAUGUUUCAUAAAAGGAAGUAUCUUAAUGAAAUUUUACUUGCUAUAUGUAUGUUUAAAUUUCUCAUGUCUUCUGUGCAGCUUCUUUCCUGGCUGUAGUGGUGUAUAGAACAGACAGGAUCACUGACACUUUUUUUACUCCAAAGAACUGUUAUUAGGAUAAAUAAACAUGAACCCACUUGUUGGUCAUAUAGUAAUGACAUUGCAUGAUCCACAUAUGGCAUAACAUAGUCACAUUGCCCAAAAUAACCAAUAUAUUACUGCAAAAAGUCCUUCUGGAUCAAAAUAAUUCCAGUUAGGUGUUUGACCAGCAGCCUAAGGGUAAUGCCCUACUUGGAUAAAUCUUUGCUACCACAGGUGACUAAUCUCCCCAAAAAGCCUUUCCACCACCAAUAAAGAGAAUUGCCGGUGGAAUGGCCUACGCAUCUCUUUUCUUUUUUCUGAACUUGCAUGCAGUUGCCUGCAGAGAUUUAUCACAUGGGACAUUACCCUAACAGCCUGACACUUGCUGAGUUUGCAGAUUCGUGAAAUUAAGACAAUCAAGAUUAUAAUUAUCUGAAGAUUGGUUGGAUUUCUUGUCUGUAUCCAACUAGCAUGACUAUUUAACUAGAAUGAGGAAGAUCCUACAAGAAGUUGCAGAACUAACAGGAAUUUCAUGCCUUAAGAGAAAAAAAUAAUCAGCCUCCCUUUGGCAUCUGUCUUUUCCUGACUCAAUCACAGACUUCUAAAUUAAAUCUUCCUUAUCUCUAUCUUGGGUUUCUUUCAUGAUUGGGAUUGGCAGAACAUGUAAUAGAUAGUAAAGAGCUAAUCCACUGUGCUCCAGAAAGGAGAGAAGGGGGUUCCCUGACCAGGGCCCACCGGUAUCCUGGUAAGCCAGUCUGACCAUGAGCAUCAGAUUAAUUUAGGCACAUAGCAAAAUUGUGUUUUAAUUAUUGUAUCCCUGAAGGGUCGCAGCCUUUAUCAUGACCUCUUGUUUGGAUGUAGGUAUUUUCAGAGUCAUCCAGCAGCAAACACACAAGCAUUUGUAUUUUCUUGUUUGUCACCAAUGAUUGUUUUAAAGUGUUGAAAAUCUUUAGAAUAGCUAUUAAAAUGGUAUUUCUUGUUACAGAAAUUUUGUCUCUGUAUAGUAACUUAACUCUCACUGUUGUGUAUUUUUACUUCCAUUGCAAAAAGUGAAAUCGCAUUUAUCAGUAUAUUACAGCUGGAUAUUAGCUUUGUACAUAUUAUCAGACCUAGCAGAAUGAUAUGAAAUCAUUAUUAUUUGCACAUUAUACAUUCAGUUUAUUUUGUGUUCUUCGCUCUGUUUUCUAUGUACAUCAAGAUGGCAAAGGAUGGACAACAUAACAGUACAUUCAUUAAUGAAGCAAUGUUGGUUAGUAUUUGGACCGGCUUGUAUUGUUCAUUUAUUUGAAUCUGCGUUUAUGAUUUUUGUAAUAAAGUAAAAAAA